UGGGGGCGGAGACGAGGAAGUGGGUGCGAGGCGCGGGGCGCAGGCCGUGCGCGCGCCGCCCGCUCCAUCCCUGCCCGGAGCGCAGCCGGCGCGGGCGCGGGACCGAGGCGAACCGGGUGCGGAGCCAACGCCCGCGGCAGCAGCACCAGCUCCUGCCCUCCACUGACUGCAGAGAGGGAGAUCCCCAAUACUUGACUCCAUCACGCAGAUGGGAGCAGGCACCAGCUAUGGAGAGGGAUACAGCUGUGUCUCCACAUGACCCAUCCUGCAUGACACCAAAGCCACCGCCAGACAGUGCCUCGGAUUCUAUGCAAAACCCGGGGAGCGGAGACCUACCCGAGUCCCAGGAGGAAGCUAGCUCUUCAGGGGAUCAUCUGAACACUGGAGUUUGAUACAUGAACCUGGCUUCAAGGCUUUGCUUUUCUCUAUUCUUCAUUCAUAUUCAUUCUCAACACCUUAGAAGGUGUUGCUUAAUUUAUUUCUAGAAAAGCAGCCCAGAGUCAGUCAUUGAAGCCUUCCCCACCCCCUGGCCAAAAAAAAAAAAAUUGGACACAUUUUGGCUCUGUUGGGAGCCUGGAAUCCAGUGGUUGGCGUAAUUGUCACAUUGGGAGCGGAGAAGCAGCAGCCAGGGGCCCUGGUCAGGGGACCCAGCCAUAGGGUCCCAGCAUGGCACCCAAUGGCACAGCCUCUUCCUUUUGCCUGGAGUCUACCGCCUGCAAGAUCACCAUCACCGUGGUCCUUGCGGUCCUCAUCCUCAUCACCAUUGCUGGCAAUGUGGUCGUCUGUCUGGCCGUGGGCUUGAACCGCCGGCUCCGCAACCUGACCAAUUGCUUCAUCGUGUCGUUGGCUGUCACUGACCUGCUCCUCGGCCUCCUGGUGCUGCCCUUCUCUGCCAUCUACCAGCUGUCCUGCAAGUGGAGCUUCGGCAAGGUCUUCUGCAACAUCUACACCAGCCUGGAUGUGAUGCUUUGCACAGCCUCCAUUCUCAACCUCUUCAUGAUCAGUCUCGACCGGUACUGCGCUGUCAUGGACCCACUGCGGUACCCUGUGCUGGUCACCCCAGUUCGGGUCGCCAUCUCUCUGGUCUUAAUUUGGGUCAUCUCCAUUACCCUGUCCUUCCUGUCUAUCCACCUGGGGUGGAACAGCAGGAACGAGACCAGCAAGGGCAAUCAUACCACCUCUAAGUGCAAAGUCCAGGUCAAUGAAGUGUACGGGCUGGUGGAUGGGCUGGUCACCUUCUACCUACCGCUACUGAUCAUGUGCAUCACCUACUACCGCAUCUUCAAGGUCGCCCGGGACCAGGCCAAGAGGAUCAAUCACAUUAGCUCCUGGAAGGCAGCCACCAUCAGGGAGCACAAAGCCACAGUGACACUGGCCGCCGUCAUGGGGGCCUUCAUCAUCUGCUGGUUUCCCUACUUCACCGCGUUUGUGUACCGUGGGCUGAGAGGGGAUGAUGCCAUCAAUGAGGUGUUAGAAGCCAUCGUUCUGUGGCUGGGCUAUGCCAACUCAGCCCUGAACCCCAUCCUGUAUGCUGCGCUGAACAGAGACUUCCGUACCGGGUACCAACAGCUCUUCUGCUGCAGGCUUGCCAACCGCAACUCCCACAAAACUUCUGUGAGGUCCAACGCCUCUCAGCUGUCCAGGACCCAAAGCCGAGAACCCAGGCAACAGGAAGAGAAACCCCUGAAGCUCCAGGUGUGGAGUGGGACAGAAGUCACAGCCCCCCAGGGAGCCACAGACAGGAAAGUUAUACUGCUCCUAAGGAACCAAAUGCAACAAUAUGUCUUCAAGUUUCAACCAUGCUAGCACAAAAAGAUCUUCCUCAUUAUUUUUAGCCGUGGGAAGGUGCUCUAUGGUAUUGGUAUUGGUAGGUACCCCACAGUUUAGCUGUCUUCCUAGCGACAGACAUUUGAGUUAUUUCUAUUUUUUUGGCUGUUUAAACAGUGAUAUGCUGAUCAUCUCAUGCACAUGUGUAAGUGCAGGUUUUUUGGUUGUGUAUGUGUGUGUGUGUUUAGCAUAAGGGUACCUGCAAAUGUCUUUCUGGAUGUGGAGUAUACAUGCUGCCGAACAGCCCUCCAGAGAAGCAAAGCAUGUUCACACUCCCACCAGCAACACUGGGAAGAAAUUGUCUCUUCACAGCCUCAACAUCCCACCUGUGCCUUCUAGUCCUUCUAGUCCUCCUAGAGAUGCCCUACUUCCAGGGCAGGACAGAAAAGGUAGGUAGAAGAAAUACUCAGACUUCCCCCGAGGCUCACCCCAGGCUCUCCCUGAGCUCUACCAAGUCCUGCCUUCCUCCUUGGACCUCUGUGGAGGAAGCCAGUCCUGCCCGAGUCACCCAGCUAUUAGAGGCUGUAUCAGCUAAGAAUGGCUGCAGGAGUGCUGCGUAACAAACAUCCACAAUAUCUCUCGGCAUGUGAUUUAGCUCGUUCAUCUGUAGGCAGCUAAUCUAGGAUUGGCUCUGCUGGGAUGGUUCAGCAUUGCUUCCGGUGUCUCCCAGGCUCUCCUGGGACCAUCAGGGCCACCCAGGCAUGUUCUUCUCCGGGAAAUGGCAGGGACAUAAGAGAGCAAGCCCAGCAACACAUGUGCAUUUCAAGUUUCCAGGCAUCUCAUCUGCAAACACACCAUGAGCCAGAGCAAGUCCCAUGGCCAAGCCGUGGAUGAAGCAAGUAAACCCACCCCUUCACUCUCCAGCGGAACUGAGGUGAGGGGUGAAUGACUAUCUAAUCCGCCACAGAAGCCAGGCCAGAUAUGACCUGAAAUCUGCCUGACGCCAGAGCCCUGCAGAGCAAGGGUCUCAGGAUGGAGACAGGGUCCCCCAACUGUCUGGAAAUGAGUUCUUUAAAGAUCCUCAACUCCCCAUUAUUGAAGUUGUCUUCAAUCUCCUACACACACCACAAUGCUUUUCUACCCUGCCCCACAGUGAGAUCUCUAAGACUCAAAUCUGGGCCUUGGCACUGCCUGGCUAUGGGCCCCUCAGUGUUCUACCUCCAUCACCACUGACCCACCCCCCGUGGUCUGGCUCUGCCUAAUGGUCCAGGCUCACUCACAGCCCUCCCCCUUUGCCGCACUCUCCUCUCUUGCUCAAGGACCCAACCUCUCAUGCAUGUUCUUACUCCAUGGUCUCGUCUGCUGCAGAAUUCCCUUCCCAGGCAUCAUUCAAGUCCCAGCUUGGGCCUCACCUCCAUUUCAAAGUGAUCCCUGUCUCUGUUCCCAGACUAAUUCAUUUUACUUCCUCCCUUGGCACAUCCCUCUGUCCAAGAGACACAUCACAGACAUCCCAGAGGGUCUAACUCAGAUGCCUUCAGGGGCCACUAAAGCUCACUGGCUUAAGACAAACAGAAGAGGGUGCCUAGCAAUUUACAACCAAUGUCCCUGCUGUUGAUCUCCACCCCAGCCAUGCUAAUUGCACACAUGUUUAUAUGACCUUGGCCAAAACGGACCAGAGCAACUCUGCUGGACGAUGAUGCUGCCACCCGGGACUGUGGGCCGAGUCUAUUUUUCAGGAGAAGACAUAAAUUUGGAUAUUUAUUAGGAAUAUUAGAUGGGUUAAUAUUUGUAAAGCUCUAAGAAGGAUGCUGGGGGCAUCGUAAAUGCUGUAUACUUGUUAAAGUAAGUGGAUAGAUGGAAGGAAGGGAAGGAGAGAGGAAAGAAGGGAGAGGAGGAGGAUAAGUUAGAUAAAUCUCUCUUUGAAAAGUUGGUAAUUUAAAAAAAUGCUAUACUGAAACAACCAAGCCUUUUUAUAGGCCACAUUUGAUCAGAAGGCUGCCAGUCUGUGGACUCAGGAACAGAACUGCCCUGUUACUCUGGGGGAGCCCCUAGAGGAGAAAGUAGGGGUGGGGUGUGGCCCCUGCCCAGAGCAGACACCACUGAGGAUGCCUCCUCCAUUUCCCUCUGCCCUGACAACACCGCACACACACUUCCCUCAGCCCCUCCAGGGGAACUGGAGAGAGCAGGCAGACCUCAGAGGAAAAGAAAUACAGAGAGAUUGGGAAUUGCCUCUGUCUUGACCAGGGUUUCUCUACAGUGCUCAAGAGAGGUCCCAAGAGCCUCCUGACCUCAGAAAGGCUCUUUAGUGAGCCCGCUCCUCCCAUCUUCAUUGCCAUUGCCCUAUGUCAGGCCUCGCCUUACCUUUCUUGGACUCACCACUAGCUUCCAGUCCUCAUUCCCUCCUCGUCCAAUGUCUAUGGACACCUCUCUGUGUCCCCAAGGGCAUCUCAGAGCCAGCAGGUCAUGGUAUCUGACUGGCUUUGAAUUCCAGCUGAGGGAACAAGUCACACUCCAGUUCCCUCAUCCACCAAUGGGGAAAAUUGGUGGUAUCUUACAGAGUUGUUGGAAGGUUUCAAAGGAUGUCAUGCCUGCAAAGUGCUUGGCACAAUGCAACCAAAGAGCUUAGACAAUGUCAUGCGCUCAAUAAGCAUCAGCUACUGCGACUGCCAAAGCGCAAGUCAUUGAGUGCUCUUCUGCUUAAACAUCUUUGUAGCUUUCAUUACCUUUGAAUGCAGAGCUGGCUCCUGGGCUUGACAUUCACAGCCCUGCCUGAUCUAGCCCAUGUAGCCUUCCCUGCUCCCACAUGGAUGCAGUCGCCAGCCAUGAGAUGUACAUACCCGACUCUAAAUGGUACAUUCUUGACUUGUCAAUUCUGAGCCUUCCAAAUGUCAAGACCUUGCAGGCUGCCCCCUUCCAAAAGCAAUGGAGGUCCUCCACCAACCUGGGAGCUUAGUCCAGGAUUUGAGUGCCAAGGCAGGGCUGCUCUGGGCAUUGAAAUUGAACCUCUCUUAGAGACUUAGGGACAGAGCUCAUUCUGAGUUGACUCCAGGAUCUUCUCCCAGGGACCCAGCAUUCAUCUGAUCUACAGUCUGAGCCAGAGAGGGAAAUCUAAGUGACUGACACAGGCCCCUGAGUCUCAUUCUCUCAUCCAUGACAUGGUGGUCCUGGGGACAUUUUCUUUAUGCUAUUUAUAACCCAAACUGCCUUUUCCAAAGAAGACCCCUUAAUGUUAACUAGGUCCCCUUUGUUCUGCUGAGCACCUGGAUGAAUCUGAAAAUUCAUUUAUCUGCAUAAUAGUGGGAGAAUAAUUUGGAGUUCGUGAGGUACAGUCUGGGGUGGCAGGUGGUGAGGAGGAGGGAUGAGAAAAGAGAAAAGAGAUAAAAGUCGUUAAGAUGGGGACAGAAUGAAGUUAACCAUGUACAUUCCCAAAAUGACACUUGGAAGAAAAGUGAAUGCCUCAUGUUCGUUUUAUAGUUGUACACACUGAUAUGCUGUAAAUCCUUCUCCACCUCUCCUCCUGCACAAAGAUCUCCAGGAAAGACCAUCGCACUCAUGAGUAUUUUGGCUUUGGUAGUGGGUGUGGAAUCUGGGGAGGGAGUGGAGUUUGGCAUCUGGGCCCACACAGACCACAACAGAAGGGAACCCUGGAGGAGGCAGGUUUCCAGAGCCAGAACAAAACAGGAGACUCUGGAUCCUUUGGGAAGUCACUGGAAUCUCGGGAAGGCUGUGGUCUUCCUAGAGGGUAGUGAAUGAGUGAGAUCAAACCAGCCUUGUCCAGAUCUCAAGGCAUCAGGAGGCCACAGAUACCAUUUUGUUUACACAAGUUUAAUAAAAUCUACCUUACAGGUUGUGGUGAGGAUUAAGAGAUGAUGAAUAAAAGCAUUUGAUACAUAAUGACAACAUUAUUUAAGGUGGAUUUUCCUUGUGGUUGUGACUCCUUCCAAUGCCAGAAACAAUACCAUAGAAAUGUCCAGUUUGAAGAUUUAGGUCCCAGGCAGCAUAAAAUGCUAAAGCACUGGGUGGAUCUAAGCAGGUGUUCAAAUGAUUUUAAAUCUUUUAGACUUGUAUUGUGUACGAGAGGUAGAGGGGAGAGGACCCUCUUAGUUCUUGGAAACUGUCUCCUUUGAAACAUGUCACUAAAGGCAGGACGGGCCCAAGCUGAGUUAGAGUGUGAGCCAGCCAGAUGGCAGGGAGCCCUGAAACAUCGUGGAAAUAAACCACAAACAUGCUAACUCCAGUUUCCAGGAUCAUUCUUCUCUCAUAGCUGGAGAAAUGUGCAUUGAUCCCCACACUUGGCCCUUUAGGGAAUUUUCCAAAAUCCCUUGUUGUGUUGACUCUUUUCUGGAGUGUUUUUUGAUUGAGAUAUAAUUCACAUACCAUAAAAUUUGCCUUUAAAAAUGUACAACUUAAUGUAUUUAGUAUAUUCACAAAAUUGUGCAACCAUCACUGCUAAAUUUUGCAACUUUGCAAAAUUUUUUCUUUUCCCUAAAAGAAACCCCACACCCAUUAGCAAUGACUCUCCAGCCCCCAACAACCAAGAAUCUACUUUCUGUCUCUGUGAAUUUGCCCACUCUGGACAUUGUGCCACACACGGGCUAUCAGAGCGAGCUUGGGGUCCACAGUGUCCUCUGCUGAAAUGCAGGAACCCAGUAGUUCAUGCCUUCGGGCUGCUUACCAGUAAAAAAUAAUGCCUUGUCUAGAGUUAAAACUCUUUCCUGUGCUUCCAGUAACUUAUUUUUGGAUACUCCCCAAACGAAACUAAGGAAGGAACAAAAACCGAAACAAAAUUGGGAAAUGUUUUGCUGAGUAUUUUCUGAGUACUGACUCCAUUGUGACCAUGGAAAUAAACAGGUAAGUGACUUUCUUUCUGUAUAUAGUUUUUGUUAACAGAAAAAUAAGUUUUUCCCUGACCCAGCUAGUUUAAUAUUGAACAAAGAUUGAAAGACAUCGCUCUGAAGAAAUGCCAAACCAUUUACCUCCCUGGGAACCUUGACCCUAGCAAAGACUUGCCCUAGAAAAACCCUUUUCUCCCCCUUUCCAUUGUUAAGAACUUUUACCCAAAACUUAGGAAUAAAGCUAAAAGGUGACAGCAUGUCCUUUGAGUGUCACACGGGGGGACCUAUCUAGCAGGCCCGCCCAGGACUAUCUGAUUCUCCAGGGGAAUGUCCCUGUGUUUGACUUACUGUUUACUAUUGAUUAGGGCCCAGACUCUGCAAAGUUACAUGUUAACUUGUAGAAGAUUAAGUUGUAAAUAGCUUCCUUUUGGCCCAUUAGAAAUGCAAAUGAUUUCUGUACAGUGGCAGAGAUUACACCAAAGGUUAUAGUUUAUUGUCCUGUAGGACAUUACCCUGUUUGUGUCUAAUUCAGCAAUCCUAUCCCAAGACAUUCUUUCAGUGAUGGUCUAUGGCUGUUUCUCAGAUUCUUAUUUGAACUAGCUCCACCUACCAUACUCCUUGUUCUCUCAUUAAUGAGUUAAAUUAUUCUGUGUUUUCUGUUGACUAUCUAUUUGCACGAGUCGUGUGUUUAACCUUUUCAACAUUACACUUAGAUGAAAUCUUGGGUUCUAACCACAGCCAGUGGGCAGGGACGCCCCCUGCUGACAGGGCCAUUUUAUUCAUUACACGUUAUAAGCACAAGAUUUUCAGAAGCUUCCAAAGAUACUUGGGACUUGGAAAAAAAAAAAAAGGAAAAAAAGAAAGAAAAGAAAACAGCCUUUAAAGUAUGAAAAGAAAAAUGCAAAUUUAAAAUGAGUCUACGUUUGAUUAAAAUCUACA